AUGUCCUUACAUACAGGAUGGAACAAAGCUGUCGGCCAGACAUCGAUUUGCUAUAAGAAUCAACGAGAGAGAGAACUCAUUGGCCUUUUCAGGAAAUUACAAAUUGAAAGGAACAAAAGAUUGGAGAGUCUAAUUGCAAGACAGAAAGCAAGGAAAUUGUUCAGCCUUCAGUGGUUAGUUUUCACCAGGGGACGGUUUCCAUCAAGAGUUUAUGAGAGUUCAGAACAAGGACAUAAUGUUCUGCAGCCACAAGAGUUUCAGUUUAGGGCUUCCUUACCCAGGGAAUUCAUGCAAGAUUGUGCGGACACCUCAGUGUUUCGUGACUUUGGAUUGAGACAGAGAGCUUCCAAAGGAAUUGAAUGUUCUAAACCAGGAAACCAACUAGAUAGCGAAUUCAACAUGAUACUAGAGCCAGAACAAUUUCAGGAACCUGAGCCUAAAACAAAGGUUGACAGUGCAGAUGAUCAGAUCAAAGAAGUCAUCCAAGUGCGUGAACAGGUGAACAUUACAAUGAAGAAGAUAAUGUUGAAUUGUCAGACAAAACUGAUUCCAAUUGAAGAUGUCAAUGAUAGGCCAAGCUCAUCUUCUUCAAAAGAGGAUGAACCAUUCUAUAAGAGAGACAAAGAUGCAAUAUUAAAAUCUCUUGCUUCUCCGGCUACAAGGAUCGUUGCUGAAGAUAGACUAAUGGCCGAAUAG